UUUCAUUGUCGAUUCAACGGCGGUCACAGCUGGAACGGUUCCCCGGUGGAAUUUACGGUGAUAUUUACGUCCGGAACAACGGCAGAUUGUAACCUUCGUGUUCUUAUCAGUGCGCCGCGAUUGAUGGUUAUCGUACGUGGUCGUUAAAUUCUUGAUUUUUUUGGUGUUUAGUUUCCCCCUUUAUAAAUCCGGUUUCGUUUUCGGUGUCCGGUCGCGAUCUUUUUCUCAAUUAGUUAAUUUAAUCAUCCGUACUAGUUAAGUGCCCUGUGUAAUAUCUACAAGUGAGAGUAAGGAAAAUAGUGUGCUAAAAUGUCCGACGAAUGGGAAGUUGUGAGCAAGCAGAAGAAGCCCCGCAAGCCCGGUGCGGACAAAAACAAGGCCGCGGCGUCGAACGCCGGGAUUCCCAAAAUAGAAGAUGCUGACACAAUGGAUCAGAUUCUAUCGCUGUACGCCAAUGUGAAGGACGAUGUACUGCUCGAUCGAGGCCAGGCCAACAAGGAGAACAAAAAUCAGCAAAAUUUGGCCAACGGUAAACAGCACGAUCGGCGAAAGUCCCCCUCGCGAGUCCAGCAGCAGCAGCAACAACAGCAGCAGCAAAACAAGGCCCGACAGCGCCAGGAAAUGGAAAAGAAGCAACAGCAGCAGCAACAGGCUAAGCCCAAGUUCAAGGAUCUGGAGGCGGCGCUGAAGGCGCUCGUCAUCAGUGAUCUGCGCGCGAAUCUGUGGGCUGUGAAUGAAAACUUUAAAGACAAUCAUCUGAUGAUGCUGAAAGCGAUCACCGCGUUCCUUAACGAGCAGCUACGCGUCGAUUCGGUCGAUCCGAUUUUCGCCGACAAGCCGCAAUCGUAUCCGUACAGUGUGAUUCCGCGCGAGUUGCAAGAACUCAUCGACGAAACCGUUGCGGACGCCGGUGAACAGAAUGUGCAAUAUUUCUACGAUCUUUCGCUGUCUAAUUUGGCCAGCGACAUGAAUCGGAAUCAGCCCCACUUGGGUCACAAAAUUAUGCUGCAAGCGAUGGCUCAGAGCAAUCCGCAAAUUUGCGCCAACAACCUGGCGCGGAACGCGAUCCUGCGGAACUCGUUUCAAAACCGAAGCAACGUCGGGCUGAGUCUGCUGUGGGCGCUCGGACAGGGUGGCUUCGGCGAUCCCGACGUUGGGCUGAAGGUCUGGCAGGACAUCAUGGUGCCCGUGAUUGACCUGAAAACCUACAGCAAAUACGUCGUCGAGUACAUCCACGCGAUUCUCUCCCAGCACAAAUCAACCAACCUCGAAAUAUCCUCCAGCGAGUUCCUCACCAUCCUCAGCUCGCUCACGACGCAGGUCAAAGCGAGUCGCGACCUCGCAAAUCUGCUGGAAGAGGCCUCCAAGCUGCUCGUCGAACGGUACGUGUUCAGUGCGCCCAAGACUUCCAGCACGUUCACGACGCUGUUCAAAAACAUUCAGUUCAUUGCCAAAUCGGAGCUGAUCUACUUCGGGUUGAUUCUGUGCCUCACGGAGGACCCCGAGUGCUGGGCCGCUUGGCGGGGUCUGUACCGCAAGAACGUCCAGCAGACGGCCGAAUUGCUUGCGUAUAUUGAAAACUCUUCCACGGAAUCAACGCAGAAACUGGUUAGCGAUAGGCUCUUCCAUCAGUUCUUGGACGACAUACAGGAGAUAAACGUUGAACUUGGGCAGAGCAAAAAGAAGGUGGAAGGACUGAAGGCAUCAUCGACGGUGCUCCAGCAAGUGCAAGACAAAGUCGCCUCGAAGAAGAACAAAUCGGCCAAAGCGGCCAGCAAAACGGCCUCGCGGGGUGCCGCCUCGGUGUGCUGCAGCUUCCUGCUGGCCACAUUCCUGCUGUUCGGACUGACCGGGGGCCUGAUCGGGUUCGACACGUACCGGGCGGGUGGCACCUUCGAAAAGUCCCACACCGGCCAGCUGCUGAAGCAGGCGGGCCUGCUUCCGGCCGUCGAGGACGCGUGGACCUGCACGCUCAAGCACAGCGCCCGGGGCUACAAGUGGGCCGAGGAGCACGUGCCCGUCUACUACAACGCAACCAGCAAGGCCGUUGGACCAUACGUUGAAUUUUCGAUAGAGUUUAGCAAAAUUCUCUGGAAUGGUACCAAGAAGGGCUUUGGCAACGUGAAAACGCUGGUCGAGCAGAAGACCCCAGUGGUCGUUGACUUCAUUGAACAGUACGCGCCCGGUCUGCCCAAGAAGGUCGGUGACUUUACCAGCUCGUCCUGGACCGCGGUCAGCACGUUCACCGUCAAGACGUACCAGCAGAGUUGCGAGUUCUUCAAAACCAAGGUGUUUGUUGGUCAGCUGUCGCCCGAAAACUUGGGGAAAGCCUUCAACAGUACCCAACUGGCUGCUGCUCAGUACUAUAGUUGGUUCCACGAUCAGGUCGAUUUCUACGCCAAGGUCCAGUAAGUUGACGCACUUCCUGAGUCCCCCCUCCCCUCUCUCUCUCUCCCUCAUAACACAAGAAGAUCCCUCAGAGCGGGUGAGGGGUGGGGCAGGUUGGAAAGCAACACAACCACAACAGCAGAGAGGACAACUAACAAUAAGCAACAACAACAACAACAGCUGGCUGGACGAAACAAAAAAUAUUAAAAGAUGCAUUGCUCGCCUUUUUAUAACAUGCAAACAACAACAACAA